AUGAAGAAUGAAGACAUUCUCAAGCGAACAACAGGGCCAAGCAGCUGCCCCCAUAUCCCGCAAGCGGCCCCUAAGCAGAUUCCAAUGAUGCGGCGGUUCUUUCCGGGAACUAGUGACGAGACACUCAAGCGAACACGGGAUGCCACUACCCAGUAUGGUACCAAGGGAGCUGUCCAAGGUCGUACCCUCCGAAGCCAGAUACUGUCGCCCGACCCGAUCCUCAACAUUCCGAGAAGGCAAGAAGAUGUGGCUACGGAUACUAUCUACUGCAGUGUCCCUGCGGUUGAUUUCGGAUCUGUGGCAGCCCAAUUCUUCAUUGGACGCACAUCCCACUACAGGUCAUUACACCCUGCUGGCACCAGUGACGCAAGCUAUGUCAAGACACUGAUGGACAACAUCCGAAGGUUUGGAGCAAUGAACUGCAUCAGGAGCGACAAUGCCCAGGCCCAGCAAGCAAACGGGUCAAGGACAUCCUACGGACCUUUUGCAUCAACGACCGAACCUCUGAGCAUACAGAGGGAAUCAGAACUAUGCAGAACACGGAUGAAAGGAUACCAAGACCAAGACGCAGCUGGUGCUGGACACCAAGAAUGCACCAUCUAA